AUGGAGUACAAUAUCGUUCAGCGCGCAGUUCAGCACGAGACUACGAGGGCCAAAAGACUAGUGCCACGCUCAAACAUCAAAGUCAACGUCUUCCUACACAACGUCGCUCCCGGACCGACCUGGGACGAGGGCUACGUCUCUGAAUCCCUGCCGCAAGAUCAAUUCAACAUCAUCCCCAAGAGAUUCCUCCUGUACAGAAUCACAAUGUCCCUCAGCGACAUCAACCACACCAUCAACCCACUCUGGGCCAACAACACAGUCUUCUCGCAGUCCAAAGCCGACAUGGAAAAACGUACUGCACCACAGCAUCUACACUGA